AUGUACUCGUGGAAGAAAUUUAAGUUUGGUAAGUCAAAGGACGAAAAGGAACAGAAGAAGGAUAAGUUGUUUCAUUUCCACCAUAAGCACACUGGCUCAGAUGUUUCAGAUAACUUUGGUAAUGGCAAUGACAAGGAGAAGUCAGUCGACUCCCUGCCUUCAAGUUCUGAAAUAACACCAUAUCCAUCUGACUUACCAUCCCAGAACACCAAUGGAAACAAUAGCAGUCGUAAUGAUACUAUGGUUAAUUCUAACUCAUCUAACCGUAUUAGCUCUGCAUCAUCGGCUAAAGGCCCCGGAUCAUCAUCUUCGACUAUCAAAGAUGUACCACUAGGUGGCGAGAAUGAGAGAUCUUCUUCACAUAUCGACCAAGUCUCGCAGAAGUCAGCUACUUCUACAAAGAAAACUAGCACCCCUAGUACCGGUGUGAUGACAAUUAAAGUGUAUAACGGUGACGGAUUUAGACUACCAUUUCCUAUCACUUCAAAUAAGAAGAUUUUGAGCAGACUUUUGGAAUCAGGAAUUGCUUCUGAUAAUCAUGAUACCAGUUUAGAAGUUGAAGCUAUUCUUCAAAGAAUAUCGAGACUUGAAUUAACAAACAGUAACUCAAAUGAAAACCUACUACCAGGCGAUAUUGCUACACAGUCAAUACCAUCAACGAUAAAAUUACCAAACUCUGUGCCUUUAAAUCCAUUACUAUACUUUACAAUUGAAUUUGAUAACACAGUUGCCACUAUUGAGCCAGAGAGCGGGACUAUGGCUCAGCCUAUUUUUAAUAAAAUAUCAACGUUUGAUGUCACAAGAAAACUGCCACAGUUGAAUAUUGAUGUCUUCGUCCGUAUUCCAUCCAUUCUGCUACCACCCAAGCAAUGGCAACAGGAAAUGGGUGCUCAGGAUGAAAAAUUACAGGCAUUGCUUGAUAAAAUCAAUACAAACCAGGAUGUCCACUUGGAUUCAUUCCAACUGCCUGUGAACCUAUUGAUAGACUCUGCUGCAACUAUUAGACUGUACAACCAUCACUGGGUCGAAUUGCGUGAUGGCCUAGGAAAGAUUAACAUCAGUGUUGAUUAUAAACCUUCAAGAAAUAAGCCAUUGUCUAUUGACGACUUUGAUUUACUGAAAGUUAUUGGUAAAGGUUCAUUUGGUAAAGUUAUGCAAGUCAGAAAGAAAGAUACGAAGAAGAUAUAUGCACUUAAAGCCAUUAGAAAGUCUUACAUUGUGUCAAAAUCGGAAGUAACGCAUACACUUGCAGAAAGGACCGUGCUUGCACGUAUAGAUUGUCCCUUUAUUGUACCAUUGAAAUUCUCAUUCCAAUCUCAAGAAAAGCUCUACCUUGUUCUUGCGUGCAUCAAUGGUGGUGAGUUGUUCUAUCAUUUGCAGAGGGAAGGUAGAUUUGACUUAUCAAGAUCUAGGUUCUAUGCGGCCGAACUUCUGUGUGCGUUAGACACUUUACACAAGAUGGAUGUUAUUUAUCGUGACUUGAAACCUGAGAAUAUCUUAUUAGAUUACCAAGGCCACAUUGCACUAUGUGAUUUUGGUCUAUGUAAGCUAAACAUGAAAGACGAGGACAAGACCGACACAUUCUGCGGUACACCUGAAUAUCUGGCUCCAGAACUAUUGUUGGGUCAAGGGUACAGUAAAGUUGUGGACUGGUGGACCCUCGGUGUGCUGUUGUAUGAGAUGCUGACUGGUCUGCCUCCAUACUACGAUGAAAAUGUCCCAAAAAUGUACAAGAAAAUCCUGCAAGAUCCUCUGGUGUUCCCUGACGGGUUUGACAGGGACGCCAAAGACCUAUUGAUCGGUCUGCUAAGUCGUGACCCACAGAGAAGACUGGGCUACAAUGGCGCCGACGAGAUCAAGAACCAUCCGUUCUUCAGCCAACUGUCGUGGAAGCGUCUGCUAAUGAAGGGCUACAUCCCACCAUACAAGCCUCCGGUGACUAGCGCCACAGACACCAGCAACUUCGACCAAGAGUUCACUAGAGAGAAACCAAUCGACAGUGUUGUGGACGAGUACCUGAGCGAAAGUGUCCAAAAGCAGUUCGGCGGAUGGACCUACGUGGGCUCCGAACAGCUGGGAAACUCCUUGGUACAAGGUGGAAGCAUAAGGUAG